UAUAAUUAGCUUUUUUUCUUUUUCAAGAAAAAGUUAGAAUUAUAGUAUAAGAAUGCAGUAAUGGGCGAUUUAAUAGUCAGUAAUGGAUGAUUUGAGCAACUUUGCUCUUGAUAAACCAUGGAGUCCAGUUAGUUAUUUUGAAGAAGAAGAAGAAAUACUUGAGUCUGAAGGUUUCAAAAAUUUUUCUUUCUCCCCAACACAACUGGCAUCAUUAUUUGAAAGUAAUAUAAAUGCUGUUGAACAUGAUUUAGAAAAAAUUAGGAAUUUAAAAGAGGAAUAUUCUUAUACUGAACACAAUAAAAUUGACGAAUCUAAUGAUGAUGAUUUGAGCCAUUACACACUUGAAACAGAAAACGGUCUAAAAGUCCUUGAGACCACUUACACCAUUAACCAAAAAGCAAUAUACCACGACUUUGAUAGAUUAAAAAAAUUGAAAGCAGCUGCUUACGAAGACGAUAAAAAAAUUUUAUUAAGUGAUAAAAUUGAUGAGUCUGUAUUGUAUACAUAUAAAAUUUUGCCAGAAACAUCUUACUUGGGAGAUAUAAACUUUGAUGAUUUGCACUAUGAAUCUAAAACAAAACAAAAGCUGAUGGCUUCGGAAACGACAUUUGAUGAAAAAAAUGCUUUAGGUUUUCUUAAUUCCUCAAUAUCAAAUCUUAUUCAACCAAUUGAUAUGACAAAUAAACAUUUUAAUCUUCCUGAUGAUUUAUCAGAUUACCCACUACAUAAAUCUUCUACUGAAGAUGAGCUUAAAAAGUUUAGUUUUGAAAACUCAAAUGGACAUGAAAUUGAGAAUGAUAUUGAUUUGUUAGUAGAAAAAGCAGAAAAUAUUAUUGUGUCUUUUGAAAAUGAGCUGACAAAAAAUGUUGUAGAAAUCAACUCUGAUUUGCCAUUAAAAUGCUCCUGCUCUGGUUCACAAAAUUGUCAAUGUUCUUUAGAAGCAAGUAUAAAUUCAUCCUGUUUGUCAGACAAAGUUUCAUUUGACAUUAAAACAAGUUUUGAAAAUGAUGAAUUAGACAAACUUUUAGAUGACCUAGAAACUGAAAUGAUUUCCACAAACACUCAAAAUGCUCACUCUUCAAUUGAUUCUAUUCCUAAUGACAAAAAAAAUGGUAAUCAAGUUGAAUCUUCUGCAAAAACAAUAAUUCAUUCGGAAUGCAACUCUAGUUGUAAUAUUUUAGAUAAAUUAUGCAGCAACACAGAAGAGACUUUAAAAUUACUAAAGGAAGGAAAAAUUUCAACUGAAGACUGUAUUAAGGAAAAUCAUAAUAGUAAUGAACUUGAUUUGGCUGCUAAAGCCAAUGAAAAUGCUAUAUUAUCAUUAAGUUAUGAUGCUCCAAUUAGAACAUACAUAAAGGAAUUGUAUUCCAAUCAUGAUCCAGUUAAUCAAACUUUUAGUGCUGUUGUUCAUGAGGAUGUAUUAACUAGUACUAGCUCAAUGCCAUCUUCAUAUCAAAACGAAGAAAUUGCUAAUUUAGAAUGUUUAGGAUCAAAUUUACAAGAUUGUUCAGAAGAAUGUUCUAUAAAAACUAAUGAGGAUGUUUUAAUGACAGCAUCUAAAGAAUCUGUUAACCCUUCUUUUACAUCUAAUACUGCAUGUUCUGAUGGAAUUUUUGAACAGGAUUGCUGUGAAGAUAUAUUACCACAUGAAUCUCUUUCCUUACAUACUACUAUUGUGGAUGAAACACAAUGUGAGUUAUUAAAUCAACAAGUAGAUUCCUCUGACUCAUCUAGUCUUAACUUUAUUGAAAAUGAGAUUGCGUCAUUACCUUCAAGUUCUAGCCAAACUCGUCAUGUGCAUUUUUCUCUUGAUGCUGAGCAACAAGCAAGAGAGGAGCAACAUAAUCAUCCAGUUGAAAAUAAUCUUAUUGAAACCAGCAGUGUGACAACUCAAAUAGUUCAGCCUCAAGGAUCACUAGGAUUCUAUGCACCAACAUGGAUACCAGAUACGAAUACCAAAACUUGUAUGAGCUGUGAUACAAAGUUUACAGUUGUCAAGCGCCGACACCAUUGCAGAGCUUGUGGAAAGGUUUUAUGUGCUGCAUGCUGCAACAUGAAGUUUAAUUUGCCAUAUAUGGAAAAUAAACCAGCAAGAGUUUGUCAGAUCUGCUUUGAUGUGAUGAUAUCAGGAAGAACUGAAUCUUCUGCUGAUUUAUUACUUCAAUCAAAUUUUCCUGUAUCUACUGCAGUUCAACCUUUUUCUGAAGCUCCUCCUCCUUAUUCAGAAUCAGUGGGUGGUUCACAAAAUGAACAUCAUGAGUCAGAUAUUCCACCAUAUAAUGAAGUUGGAUUAACAGGAACUUAUAAUGGGUCACCAUCGAAUCCUGCUUCUGCUUUGCAUGAGGGUGGAGUUUCUUUAAUCAACACUUCUUUAAGUAGCAUAGGUGGUAUUUCUUCUAUUCCAACUUUAUCCAGCUUGCCUGGUUACACUCCUUCAGUAAAUCGUACGCGUUCACCAAGAAAUCGUUCAGAAUCAGAAAUGAGUGCUGUAAUCAUGUUUAAUAGUGCUGUUACAAAUCUUCCACCAAUACUCAGGAAAGAUAAUGAAGAAACACGAAUUGUUAACAAUCCAGAUUUACCAAGUUUGUUUAACCAAAUGAAUGAUCCAUCUGCAGAUUCAGUUCCUUUUAUGGUGAACAAAAAUUUGGUCGUAAAAGUCAAAGUUGUCAACUUGAGUUGCUGUACUGAAAAGCGCUGCUGGUGUUUUGCUUCUGAUGGUAUGGGUGCAUCAAAUCAAGAAGAAAUUGUCAUAAUGAUUACUGUUGGCUCAUCUGAUCUUAGCGACGUGUUAUUGAUCAAAAAAGUUCUUCAGCAAAUGAACUUCAUUUUUGAAAAAGCAAAACAAGGUCAUCCAGUUUCAGACUUAGAACAACUUGAAUUUGAUAACAACAUAGCAUUUUCUUAUAAAAGUGCAGGAAUGCUUUUUUUUAAAAGUUCAUUGCAGUGUCAAAAAAAUCUGCUUAUUCCGACCACGCCAUAUUUGUUUGGGCUUUAUAUAACUAGUACUGAAAUUCCAUGGGCUAAAAAUUUCCCUUUAAGGCUGUUGCUACGGAUCGGAGCAGAGUUUAAAUAUUACCCUUGUCCUUUGUUUAAUACAUUAGAACGUGAACCUGUGUAUGCUGGUAUAGGUGAAACCAUUGUUAAGUUACUUGCUGAUUUCAGAAAUUUUCAAUACACAAUACCUAGAAUUGCUGGAGUUACAAUCAACUUGCGUGGAAAAGAUACAGUUCUGAAACUUCCUCAAUAUAGAAUUGAUGAUAUUGUAAAGGCUUUAAAUGCUGCCGAAGAUAAUGUCCUAAGUUUGGCUGGAAAUUUUUCAUCAACAUGUGAUGGUCAUUUGGUGUCUGUGGAGAAAGAUGGGAGAUACAAAACACAAACUUUAAGCAUUGUUUUGAAAGAAAAUAGAAAAGUGACUUGUGCAACAUUUUUGGUGAUCAGUGCUGCUUUAAAAGAUAAUGUUGAUGGGAUAAAAGCUAAGGCUAGCAUUAUUGAAGAUGGUGUAAUGAUACAAGUGACUGCUGAUGUAAUGAAAGAACUUAAAACAGCUUUAAAGGAAAUGAAGGAAUACCAAAUUAGGAUUGGUGAUCAAACUGAUCAGUCUAAUUCAUCUUUUUUUUCUGUAGAAUGGUGUGGUUCUGAGAAUUUAGACCGUCCGAGACUAUCAAGCCCAAUUGAUGGCACAUCUUUUGAAAACUUAACAAAUAUGAAGAUAAGGCACAGUUAUGAUUAUACUUCUAGUAAUUUAACUGCCAAAAUACAUUGGGUUGAAGUUUAUUUUUUACCUCAAGAUAGUGACACUGUUCAAAGGUUGUCAGCAAGAGAGUUAGGACAAAUGACUUCAUCCAUUGCAAAAGCAUGCAUGAGCGCGUUAUCGCCCCAUUUAAUGUUGCUUGUUGGAGUUGGAAUGACACGUAUUGGUCUUCGAAUAAAUUUGGCUGCAGAUUAUGUUGAAUAUCGAAUCGGAGCUGCAUUUUCGACGCUUCCCCCCGAGUUGUUGCCUACUCUUGAUGAUAAACUUGUUCCGGCUAUUCACAGUGUCAUGGCGAAUGCCCAAGAACGAGUAGCUGUGGAGUUAAUAUUUCAAAUCGUUCAAAUUGUUUGAUAGUAUUUUUUCAUGUAAAUGAAUUUUGUAUGUAUAUUAGUUUCGAUUUAUUAUUGGUUUGUUUAAACCACGUGACUAUUGGUAUUUAACAAGCUAACUUUUUCAUUAAUUUUUUUUAUUAAAAAGCUUGAAGUUUUUGUAACCACUUGAACCAAAAUAGUGCAUAUUAAAAAUCGCAUAUAAAAUUUAAAUAUUUGAAUAAUCAUGUAUUAAGAAUUUAAUUCUAACAUUUUUUGCAUUGGAAUAAACAUUUUUUAUGUUUUCACUUAAUAAUGUAUCCUUGUACAUCAUAAUAAAUUUUUUUAUUCGCAUAAAUUAUUUGUGAAAUAAAAUUGUUAAAAAUUC